AUGAUUUGUUACGGAAGAGCAUUUGAAGCAGGAACCACAACAAGUAUUUGGUCCUGUGGAACAUUCCAAUCAUUUUUGCGUUUAGCUGAAAAUGGCCAUGCCGCAGGCGAUAAAAAUGAUGAUUCGGCGCAGAUGGAAACUGACGAAUCUACGCCUGCGAAGAAAGACGGCGAAAAGAAAGCCGAAGACCAGAAUGACAGCAAAGAGGUGACCACAGCAGAUGACCAGUCUACCGCUGCCGCAGCGACGAACGACGAGGAAAUGCUGGAGGAUCCGCUCGUCGACGUACCAGCCGCAACAGCGCCGGCUCCCGCUAAAUCUGCUGAUAACAAAAUUACAGCUCAAUCAUCUGUUAAGACUCCUGUGCAGGCUCCUGUAAACGAUGACAAGGAGAAGGAUGUGGCGUCGCGUUCGAUUUGGGUUCGCGGUCUCACAUCAGCAACCAAAGCCGCCGAUCUCAAGGUGUUAUGCACACAAUACGGCAAAGUGGUGCGCGCGAAAAUAUACACGUCGAAGAAGCAGUCAACCUCAGCGUGCUAUGGAUAUGUGACAAUGGCUGAUAGUGCGUCGGCCGACAAAGCAGCAGCUGCCAUGCAUAAGACGCAAAUCAAAGGACGGACCAUUUCAGUGGAGAAGGUAGAGAUUGUCAUUACGCGAGGCAUGCUGGACAUUGUCGUGUCGUAUCGUCAACGGAUACGUGUCGCCAAGCAGCAGCGACUUCAAAUCCGUCGACGUUUAUACUUGUGA